AUGAAUGCAUUAUAUGAUUCUACUUGUCAAUUUUUUUGUAUUGCAUUACCAGAAAACAUAACUGCAUUUUCAGUAGUUUAUCAGGCAAUGAAUGAAGCUUGGAUUGCAAAGGAAAAUUUAAGGCAAAUAUUCCAUCAAGCAAUUUUAGUCAUUAUGCCUUCAUAUAGAGCAAGCUCAGAAAAAUAUCAAAAGCUUCAAGGGUUAUCUUUAAAG